GACUUGGGGCGAUGGCGCUGGAGGCAGCCCCCCUGUCCCAGCUGCGCAGCCGGCGCGCCGCCUGGCUGAAAAAGGGGGUCAGCUUUGACUGCGAGAGCGAAGGAGAGCCUUCCGUCUCCGAAGAUCUGGGCUGCAGACGGGGAGAAUUCAGCAGGAAGCAUUACGGUUCAGUAGAGCUGCUUAUCUCCAGCGAUGCUGAUGGAGCCAUUCAAAGGGCUGGCCGGUUCCGAGUGGAAAAUGGCUCGGUUGAUGAGAACGCCGAUUACACUCCCGGGACGUGGCACAGAACGGAUGUCCACUUGGAGAACCCGGGCUAUCACACCAGAUGGUACUUCAAGUAUUUUCUAGGAAAAGUUCACCAGAACUAUGUCGGCAUGGAUGCGGAGAAGAACCCCUUUUUCUUAUCCGUUGUGCUCUCUGACCAAAACAAUCAGCGUGUCCCUCAAUACCGAGCGAUCCUCUGGAGGAAAACAGGUACCCAGAAAAUUUGCCUCCCUUAUAGCCCGACGAAAACCUUGUCUGUAAAAUCCAUUUUAAGUGCCAUGAAUCUUGACAAAUUUGAGAAAGGGCCUCGGGAGAUCUUUCACCCGGAAAUUCAAAAGGAUUUAUUAGUCCUAGAAGAGCAAGAGGGCUCUGUCAAUUUCAAGUUUGGAAUUCUUUAUGCCAAAGAUGGACAGCUAACGGAUGAUGAAAUGUUUAGCAACGAAACUGGGAGUGAAACUUUCCAGAGGUUGUUGAGCCUCUUGGGGGACAUGGUCACCCUCAAGGGCUGGACCGGCUACCGAGGAGGAUUGGACACCAAAAAUGACACAACAGGGAUUUCUUCCAUCUACACCGUCUACCAAGGGCAUGAGAUCAUGUUCCACGUCUCCACCAUGCUUCCAUACUCAAAGGAGAACAAACAGCAAGUAGAAAGGAAGAGGCACAUCGGAAAUGACAUUGUCACCAUCGUGUUCCAGGAAGGAGAAGAAACUUCACCUGCUUUCAAACCAUCCAUGAUCCGGUCUCACUUUACACAUAUUUUUGCCUUAGUGCGAUAUAAUAAACAAAGCGAUAGCUACAGGCUGAAAAUUUUUUCAGAAGAAAGUGUUCCUCUCUUUGGGCCUCCGCUUCCUUCCCCGCCGGUGUUCACCGACCACCAGGAAUUCAGGGAUUUCCUUCUGGUCAAAUUGAUCAAUGGGGAGAAAGCCACUUUGGAAACUCCCACCUUUGCUCAAAAGCGACAACGAACAAUCGACAUGCUAAUCCGCUCCUUGUACCAGGACCUCAUGCCCGACAUGCACAAGAACAUGCUGAACAGGAGAUCCUUCAGCGACGUCUUGCCCGAGUCCCCCAAAUCGGCCCGGAAGAAAGAAGAAGCUCGCCAGGCGGAAUUUGUCCGGUUUGGGCAGGCCCUCAAACUGAAAACCAUUGUGAGGGGGGACGCCCCAACUAUUUUAGCCGCGACCAGCCUCUGCAAAAAAGAGCCCUGGGAGUCGCAAUGCUUCUGCAGCAAUUUCCCGCAUGAAGUUGUUUGUGCGGAUUCCUGGGGACAGUCCCUGCUUGUCUCAACAGACGUUGGUGUCUUUCUCUUAGACGAUGGACAGCCUCCCAUCCCAGUGUUUGAUAAAACAUUACAGAUCAAACAGAUGCACGUACUGGAAACGUUGGACCUUCUAAUCACCAGAGCAGACAAAGGGAAGGAGACACGGCUUGUGGUGUUCAGGCUGAAUGCCCUGUGGAAAGGCAUCGAAGCAAAGUCGACCAGGAGCAAAAGCGAUUGCCGAGAAAACAAGUUGGAGAAAACCAAAGGCUGCCAUCUCUACGCCAUCAACACUCACCACAGCAACGAACUGCGGAUCAUCGCCGCAAUUCGAAACAAGCUCCUUCUCGUCACCCGGAAGUUCAGGCGGUGGGAGACUCUGAAUGGCGCCCCCCUGGCUUCCCCCCAGUCGGAAUCCCCCGUAGAGGAGUUCCAAUACAUCAGGGAAAUCUGCUUAUCUGACCCACCUGUGGUCAUGACAUUGGUGGAUGGCCCCACCGGCGAAAACGACAACCUGAUCUGCGUGGCUUACCGACACCAGUUUGACCUGGUCAGCGAGAGCACGGGGGAGUGUUACCGAAUGCACCAUGUUGACGCAAGCAGGGUUAAUUUUGUUGCAGCUAUUGAUGUGUAUGAAGAUGGAGAAGCUGGCCUCCUUUUGUGCUACAAUUAUGUUUGCUAUUACCGCAAAGUGUGUCCCUUCAACGGGGGCACAGCUCUGGUCCAGCCCCUGGCCUCAGACUACCAUUUCAGCUGGAACCAAGUUCCGUAUGCGAUCGUUUGCGCCUUUCCUUACAUCUUGGCCUUCACUACUGACUCCAUCGAGAUCCGGUUGGUGGUGAAUGGGAACCUCGUUCAUACCGCCGUGGUCCCAGCUUUGCAGCUGGUGGCAUCGAGGUCAGAUAUCUACUUCAGAGCCGCCACUGCAGUGAGCGAAGUGUCCAACAGCAGCUCGAAGGAGACCAGCUCCCCUGGGUCCCCUCAGACGCCUUCCGUCCCAGAAAAUCUCAUUUUCUCCCCCUCUGCAGCAGAAGGUGAAGCUUUGUGCAGGAAUAUCUACAAAAUCCCCCUCAGCAAUCUGGUUGGCCGGAGCAUCGAGCGCCCGCUCAAGUCUCCCAUGGUGCCCAAAGUCAUCACCACCCCAACGUCGGCCCCGCUUCCGGUGGCACCUUCCCUCUCCUUGUCGCGGAUAGAGAUCAAAGAGAUUGCCAGCCGAACCCGCAAGGAAUUGCUCGGUCUCUUAAAUGAUCCUUCUUCAAAGUCCGAAGGUGGCCCAAAGCAGAAGAAGCUUCCAUCAAAACAAUCCGACCCCCCCAAACAGGGAACUCUACGGUCCUCCAGCAGCGACAAGUUUGUUGUGACCUCCUUUGAGAGCACUUCUGAAGAGCCUCCCGUCUCUACCGGUUCUGACGUUGACCCUGUCCCACUGGAGGAGGAGGAAGAGAAGGAGAAGGAGGAGGAGGAGGGCCAGCCCAGCACUUGCUUCCAACUCGGGGCCUCCUUUGACGAAGGUGUCAUUGACUUGAAGUGAAGACAGCCGGGGUGGCCCAUCUUUGCACGCACUCCCCUCCCCACCCUCAGUUCUCUGCCAUUGGUCCCCACCUCCCAUUUUGUACAGCUCUGUUAAAACAGGAUCCAUCCCAGCCAAAAGUCCCAGUAAUUUUAGAAGUGGUCACCAUGUGCAAUCCAAGAGGGGAACCCAGGGAUCUAACUCCGGGUGCCAGAAUUGUCUCUAUCGAUCGAUCGAUUGAAUGAGAGGCCAGCUCUGGAGGCCUGAAUUGUC